AUGUGCACAUACUCCUUCCAACGCAUGGUAUGCUGCUGCGCCAAAGGCCCCGAGUGCCCGCAAAUGACCCGCGGCCGCGCCAUCAUCGGCGGCGAGGCCUUCCACUACAUCGACAUGUUCUACGCGGUGGACGACCUGGGCUCGGCGUGCGACUACCAGCGACGGCUGUUCGGGCGGAACGCGGGCCCCACGAUGCACUGUCCGAGAUAUGCCUUUGACGACAAGAGGAUCAUCAAGGGGAGCUUCAGGAAGAGCGAGCUGGCGUGCGUCAAGUGUGCUGAGACGUGUGCGCCCCCGAGCUGUAGUUGGCAGGCUCCUAGGGCGGAGGUGAAGGAGGAGGCGAAGUAA